GCGUACCAUAUUUCCGUCCGGUGCCCGGCCCUCGUGAUUUUUGUUCGCGAACGAGUAACUCAAAACCACCGGCCGAGGGACGGUCCCCUUUCCUUCUCUUCCCCAUCCUCUGUGAUGCCCUUCAUCGAUCGCACUCCACCUUGACGGCAAUGGCCGAGAACUCCACCUCCUCCUCCCCUCAGAAGCCCCUCGGCACCCCGAGCGGUGGCGGUGGAGACCCCAUCCCCACCCCAAACACCCAAAACCCUAAUCUCCCCUCCCCCCAGAUCACCCCAUCCCCUUCCAUCAACGAGCUAUCGCAGAUCUCCUCCCCCCACAUCCCCCAACACCAGACCCAAAUCAACCCCGCCGCCGCCGCCGCCGCCGCCGCCGCCCUGGAUUAUGCUUCCAAGCAAUCCCUGCAGCCCCAAUCCCAACAGCAGCAGCAGCUCCAAGCCCAGCAACAACAGCUUCCGAGCCAGCAGCAGAGCCUGAUGCCAGGUUCCACGACCUUCCAGCUCCAGCAGAACCUCCUGAGAUCGGGGCCGAUGCCGAGGAUAAGCCAGCUUCAGCAGCAGUACGGCGCGGCGGCAGCGGCCAGCGCGAUGCGGCAGCACACCGGGAUGUAUGGCGGGCAGGUGAACUUUGGCGCGGCGCAGAUUCAGCAGCAACAGCAACAACCGCAGCAGCAGCAGAUGGCUGCUGCCGGACUGUCGAGGGCCGGGACAUUGGGGCAGGCCGGCCAGCUGCCAAUGCUGCCCGGGCAGACCGCUGCCCAUCUGAAUCUGCAGUCCCAGAUGCUCGCGCAGUUGCAGCCAAGGCAGAAGAUGGGUUUGGUCCAAGGUACACAGUUUCAUCCUGGUAAUUCAUCAGGACAGGCAUUGCAAGGGAUGCAAACAAUGGGGGUGAUGAAUUCGCUUGGUUUGAAUCCGCAGCUAAGAGCUAAUGGGCCUCUUUCUUAUGCUCAGCAACGUUUUGCCCAUGGGCAAAUGAGGCAGCAGCAGCUGUCGCAACAAACGGGUCUCACAUCUCCUCAGAAGCUACCUGGUCAAAGCUUACCGAGGACGACAUCAGUAGCAGCAAUGAACCCUCAGCUACCUGGUUUAACUCAAAAUGGGCAAUCAGCAUUGAUGCAGACUACCCUCUCUCAGCAGCAGCAAUGGCUGAAGCAAAUGCAGCCAUCAAUGGGUGCAUCAGUUUCUCCUUCUUAUCACCUUCAACAACAGCAGAGGCAGCAACAGGCCUUCUUGCCACAACAACUGUCUUCAUCUCAGCUGCAUCAAAAAGCCAUGGGCUUGACUCAACAGCAGAUCUCUCAACUGGCACAACAGCAGUCUCAACUGGGCACUCAGCAGCAGCAGCAAUUGCUGCAGCAGCAGCAGCAAUUGCUGCAGCAGCAACAGCAACAACAGCUGCAACAGCAGCAGCUGCAGCAGCAGCAGCAGCAGCUGCAGCAGCAGCAGCAGCAGCAGCUGCAGCAGCAAUCUCCAAGGAUGCCAGGGCCCGCACUCCAAAAGUCAUUAAGUAUGACUGGAUCACAACCAGAAACACCUGCAUCUGCCACAACUAUGACUGGUGGUAGUUCAAGUCAAGGGAUGGAAGCAACUAAUCAACUUCUUGGAAAGAGAAGGAUCCAGGAUUUAGCUUCACAGGUGGAUCCCCAAUGUAAGCUGGAUCCUGAAGUUGAAGAACUCCUUUUGGAGAUGGCUGAUGACUUCAUUAAUUCAGUUACCACAUUUGCAUGCAGUCUUGCAAAGCAUCGUAAGUCUUCAACAUUAGAGGCCAAGGAUGUAUUGCUACACCUAGAGAAAAACUGGAACUUGACCAUUCCUGGUUAUUCAAAGGAGGAGCAGAAUCAGCAAGGAAAAUCUGUACCUGUCGAUGUUCACAAGAAACGUCUGGAAACGGUCCGGUCAUUGAUGGAGUCCCAGCUGUCAGAAAGAGAUGUAAGUGUUGCCAAAGGAACAACAAAACAGGUUACAAGCGAUUCAGCUAGUGAUCAUCCAAUAAAAGCUUCACCAAGUUCAGAGCAGUUAUCCAAUUCGGCAAUUGGCUCGCAGAUGCUGCACAAAGUACACCAGUUUUAGCCGUUCUUUGCACUUACAUGCUCCCACUCCGUUGCUUUUUGCUAGCCAGACCAGUUAUGUAAAUAUCUUCGGUAGGUUUAGAUCCAUGUCUCUUUCAUGACUGUUUUAUGUUGUGAGCCUGAGCUGUCGGGUAGGCAUACCAUCCGACUCAACCAUGUGAGGCUUGGAAUAAGAUGUGCUUCAGUAGGUACUGGAAUAAGAGCGGCUUCAUGUGUCUUCAGCUAAUUUAUUCGAUCAGCUUUAUGUCAUAGAUGCUUCAAAUAAUCAAGAUAGGAAAAGUAUGUUUAUGUAUUAUUAUUAUUUUUUGAAUAGCCAUGUAUAAAUCUUAUAAUUAGCAAAAUAACAGGAGAAUAGCAAGAGCCCAUUAUGUUGAAAAGCUUGAGUAAAUUAUGCCCAUGUUGAGAUAAAAA